GUAUCCUGGACAGUUCCAAAGACGACUUCGAGGAUGGUGACGAGGUAUACGAGGCGAUCGGACAAGUAUUGCACGAGGUAGCGGACAAAUCAGAAAACGAGGCAAAUAUGCGUGAAACUAUUGGAAAUAUUAAAAGGUAGUUCAAAUAAUGAUGAAAUAGACAGAAGAAAAAACGGUGUUAAUAAGGUAUUAAACGCUCCAGUACAUUUGGGUGCUCUGGCUGCUACUUUAGAGGCACAAGUCGAACAGAUCAAGAGUAUAUGGGUCACGACUAGAGAUGAUGCAAUGAAAGUAGAUGCAAAAAAAUUAGAGAAGGCCGAGGCUAAAUUGCAACAGAAACAAGAAAAACGAAUCGUAAACGAGCAAGGAUCGGCAUCUCGCAUUAAUUCUGUCAAUCAUGCGGCUGAAAGCGCGGCUAGUGCAAGCCAAAUGAUGAGCAAAAAAGAUAGUCGAAUGGAGACCAAAGGUGGAGUGAAUAAAGCUCAGGACAUAAGGAUAGAGAAUUUUGAUGUUGCAUAUGGUGAUAGAGUAUUAUUACAUGGUGCUGAUUUAAUGCUCGCAUUCGGCAGACGGUACGGUCUGAUAGGUAGAAACGGACUCGGUAAAACUACUCUGCUUCGAAUGAUAUCGAGUAAACAGCUAAGGAUACCGUCUCACGUGCGUGUGUUGCACGUUGAGCAGGAGGUAGCCGGUGACGAUACAUCCGCUUUGGAAUCCGUCUUGGAAUGCGAUCAGGAGCGAAGUGCGUUACUCAGUCAAGAGGCAAAAUUACAAGCAGCGAUAGAGAAGGAUGGCUCCAAAACGGGCGAUGCUUUAGGUGAAGAAUUGGCUCGGGUAUACGAAGCGAUGCAGUUAGCUGAGGUCGACAAGGCACCCGCUAGAGCGAGCGCAAUUUUGUCAGGACUUGGAUUCUCUGUGGAAAGACAAUCCUGGCCGACCAAAGCGUUUUCUGGUGGUUGGCGAAUGAGGCUGGCUCUCGCGAGAGCUCUCUUUUCCAAACCAGACUUAUUGUUACUCGAUGAGCCAACAAACAUGCUUGAUAUUAAAGCGAUACUCUGGUUGGAGAAGUAUCUACAAACGUGGCCGAAAACAUUACUUGUAGUAUCACACGAUCGGAAGUUCUUGGAUACGGUCCCCACUGAUAUUUUGUACUUACGUGGGCAGAAAAUAGAAGCGUAUCGUGGUAAUUACGAGCAAUUUGUGAAAACGAAAGGUGAACGCGAGAGAAAUCAGCAACGAGAAUACGAAGCUCAGCAAGCAAAAAGAGCGCAUGUACAGGAAUUUAUCGACAGGUUCCGAUACAAUGCGAAUCGUGCAUCCAGUGUACAAAGCAAAAUAAAGAUGUUGGAAAAAUUACCUGAGUUGAAACCAAUGGAGAAGGAAAGCGAAGUGACUCUCAACUUCCCAGAUGUCGAGCCACUCAGUCCACCGAUACUACAACUUAACGAAGUCUCCUUUAGUUACAAUGGAGGGGACUUAGUGUUUAGCAAUGUGAAUCUUACUGCCAGUCUGCAAUCGCGCAUCUGCAUUGUCGGGGAGAACGGUGCGGGCAAAACUACUCUUUUGAAGAUCAUCACAGGUGCGUUGAGUCCGACACGAGGCACGGUUCACGUGCAUCGUAAUCUAAAGUUUGGGUACUUUAGUCAGCAUCAUGUCGAUCAACUGGACAUGCGCGUUUGUCCCGUCGAACUUUUACAAAUGCAUUUUCCUGGCAAGCCUAUUGAGGAGUACAGGCGAAUGCUUGGAAGUUUCGGGAUAAGUGGCAAUUUGGCUUUGCAGACCAUAAAUUCUCUUUCGGGAGGACAAAAGUCUAGAGUGGCAUUCGCACUUAUGUGUGCAGCGAUGCCUAAUUUUUUGGUACUCGACGAGCCUACGAAUCAUCUUGAUAUCGAAUCGAUUGAAGCAUUGGGUAAAGCUCUCAACAACUGCCAAGCUGGUGUAAUAUUAGUGUCGCAUGAUGAACGCUUAAUCCAGAUGGUUUGUACAGAAUUGUGGGUUUGUGGAGAAGGUUCCGUUAGAUGCAUUGAAGAAGGUUUUGAUGAAUAUCGCAGGAUCAUCGAGAGGGAACUUGAAUUGUAAGAAAACAAGUCUAAUGUGAUACUGUCUCGUAAUCUUGCGUUAUCUCUUAUACCGAGUAAUAUAUCAUUGUGAAAAUUUUAGAAGAAUAUCGCCCUUUUAAUUAAAAUCAUCUUGCGACUAAUACCUAUUUUGUAAUAUUUACUUUUUUCCAAACACAUUUGAUCGCUGGUGUCUUAUUUAUUUCUCAAAUGUUUUUCUCUCAUGAAACAGAUUAAACAUAGCAUCAUCGAUUAAUAUAUUAUAUGUACGAUUUAUUCGUCUAUCCAACACAAAUGUCUGUUUUCCUUUUUUGGUAAUUACAGUAUGUAUCUUUUUUCUUAAAUUUAUUAAUAAGUGAAUUAUAUUCAUUUUUCCUUAAUACAUUGAGCAAACAUAUUAUUCGACUGUGACAUGCAAUCUGUGAAUUUGGACAUUUUCACACUAAACAUUCUAUUACAAAGAGAAAAUAAUAAAAAAUAUUGUUAGAUAAAUAAUGCUUUACAUUUACAUCUUACUUGAAAAUAUAUUAAUCAUUUACUAUUCUGCAUGUAAAGAUUGCAUUUGUUUAAUCAGUAACAUAAUAUAAUUAUUGGUAAGUCAACAGAUUUUGCUGUUGCAAUUGUUUAUUAGUAUUGAAAAAUAAGUUACAACUUUUUAUUUUGGCCUUUGUAUAUAAUGUUUAAAUAAGUAACACGAAGAAACAUAACUCAUCAUACAUCAAUAUUGAUACAAUGUCGUAAAUUAAUGAUUUUGGUGAUAUAUCUGUUAUAUUUUUUUUACACAGAAGUAUAAGAAAAAUAUGUGAUUGGGAAGGUUAAAUGAAUAUGUUUUUAAGAUGAGAGUAAAUGUACCUUUUGUUUUAAUCUCUUUUAGAUUUCUGUUAGGUAAUAACAGGCUUAGCCUUUCUAACGAUUUAUAUAUAUAUAUAUAUAUAUAUAUAUAUAUAUAUAU